AGCAAUCCCACAUUAAUUGAAUUUAUUACUUUGUCAUUAUUAGAAUAUCACUCCGUGGGGCUCAUUUCUGAGAAGAUCCCUCACUAUAUACCAAGUCAAAUGGAGCCAGUAAAACGAAGAAGACAACUUUACUGCGCAUUUUCAUUCUUCAUUUUCUCAGGGAAACAAACACAUGGAGAGCAGCCCUUCAGGAGAUCUGUAAGCACAAAGUUCUUCAGGUCUGUGUCAUCGUUGCCCUUUUUUUUUCUGCCUCUUCUUCUUCACAGAAAAUCAAAUCCAAACCAGAAUCACCACCAGUUUCUGCUAAUUUCUGCUUCUGAAUCUGCGAAACAAGAAGGAAGGCAUUAAUGGAGCAGAAAAAUGAGCUUGGGAGGCAGCACAGUGGGAUAUGGAGAUCUUUGAGAGAUGAAGAUUUUGAAGAAGAAGAAGUUUGGGAUGUUGUGAAUGAAAAACCACAGUAUAAUAAGAAGAACAAUAACAGUAACCACCAUAUUUCUGGAAUUUUCAAGACCAAACUGUCUCUUUCUUCUUCUUCUUCUUCUUCUUCUCCUGUUCCUCUUUCUGUUCCUAGGCCUGUCCCUUCUGCAUCAAGAAUGAUCCCAAAAACUAACAGCAGCAGCAAUAUUCACACCAGUACUUAUAAUUCCGCCAUUGAAGGCAAGGUUGUUCAGCAAUCAGCACCAGUGAACAUCCCGGACUGGUCCAAGAUCUAUAAUAUUAACAACAAGAAGAAGCAGAACAAGAGGGUUUCAAGGCUUCAUCAUGAUUUUGCUGAUGCAGAAGAAGAUGAUGAAGGAGACAUUAAUGAGCAAGUCAUAAAGUAUGGUGGAAAUAAUAACUUUGAUGAGGAAGAAGAUGAUGAUAAUGGGGAGGAUGAUGAUGAGUAUGAUCAGAGGUUACCACCACAUGAGUUUAUUGCAAGGAGGCUUGCAAGGACUCAGAUUUCUUCAUUCUCUGUGUUUGAAGGAGUUGGAAGAACUCUUAAAGGUAGAGAUCUGAGCAAAGUGAGGAAUGCUGUUCUCACAAAGACUGGUUUUCUUGAAUCACUUUGAUUAAUAAUGGAAAGGGUCUCUGAAGAAAUUGUGUGCUGUAUAGUUUGUAGUUUAAUUAGUUUAAUUUGUAGUUCCUGUGUUUGCUCUAGCAAUUAUUCAUGGAGAUUUGUAUUCUUGGCUCUGUGUUAGUGAAUAGCAAUCAAAUGAUUUGUGGUACUGAUAUUUGUCAAACAAAGAUUGUCUCUGUGGUUGCAAAUUUAUUUGCAGCUUUUGUGCCCUUUCC